AUGAACUCAGCUAGAUUUCCUAUUCUUGUUGAGAUGGCUCGUGAUACAUUAGCUGUACCAGUUUCAAGUAUAGCAUCUGAAUCUGCAUUUAAUACGGGAGGAUGUCUUCUUGAUUCAUUUAGGAGUUCAUUGACUCCUAAUUUAGUGCAAGCUCUAGUGUGUCUUCAAGAUUGGUUUCGAAGAGAACUGGAGAAGAAUGUGCUUUCACAAGAAAAGAAAGACGAGCAGAAAGUUGUGGACGCAAUAUGGGAAUUUUCUUAUUUAUGCAAUUUGUUUUUCUGUUAUUAUGCUAUUGUUAGAAUGCCUUCGGCUGAGUUUGGUAGAAUUUACAAAGACCUUAGCAGCAUUGGAGAUACAGUUGUUAUUUUGGUGACAAAUGAAGGUGUAAAAUUCUCAAUCAGAGGUGACAUUGGUACUGCUAAUAUUGUUUGCAAGAAAAAUACAAUUGUUUACAAGCCUGAAGAAGCCACAGUUAUAAAUAUGAAUGAGCCAGUAUCAUUGACAUUUGAGAAUUGUUUGAUUUAA